ACACCCGAAUCCGCCACUGUUAAUCAGCUUGUGCUCUAUCUGUAUAAUCAGAUCGGAAAACCCUUCCAAAAAAAUAGAAAGAUUGACAUUAAAAUACAGGUAUUCAAGUUUUAUAAUUAGAUCUUGAUUCGCUCACUUCUCGAAGUAGAAAGAUUGACAUUAAAAUACAGUAUUCAAGUUUUAUAAUUAGAUCUUGGUUCGCUCACUUUUCAAAGACUUUCCAAAAGUGUUUCUUCGGGGAGCUACAAACUAGCUGAACUGGGCUCAUACAAAAUAGUUCCUUCCUUUCGUACAUCAUCAAUGUACGUGAAAACCAGAGAAAAAGAUCUCAAUUACAGAUUCUGCAUGGAAGAAAUGUGGUUGGUUCUGAAGAUUUUGAGGUCCGCAUUUGGGGAAAUGCUCAGAUUUUUCGAAGAGAGAAACCAACUUGUUUCCUGGCACAGAGCUCCAUAUCUUAAAGGUUGGUGUGCUUCUUCUAACUUUCUGUGAAGUUAGUGGGAUCUUCAUUUCAGAUGGGCAGAUCCAACUCUAUAUUAACAGUGAGGGAGACUGUUGACGUUGACAGGAUGAAGACAUCGUUCUAGUUGUCCCAUAUGUUGUGUUAGUCUUAAUUUCAUGGGAGAAGACUCUUGUGAAGAAGAAUUGCAGAGAAAGUUGGAGUUUGAUCAAGCCAGUGAUCGUUUGGAGAAAGGGCAGUAUGAGAGUUCUUUACUGCUAUUGCAGAAUCUUGGUCAACAUGGUUAUAAAGAUGUUGCUGAGCUUGUGGCUGUGGCUGAGGUUUGGUUGGCCGCAACGAGGAGAUCUUGUUUAUGUACAACUUUGUAUCAGGGCAAGAACCUUGACUGGUACCUUAUUUUGAAGUCUAUAGGACCUACCAAAGCGCACCUACCGAUUUACAAGAUCUUUUCUUUGAGUCAUCAGGUAGAAGAGAAUGAUGGCAUCAACGUGAUUAGAAGAAGAUAUCGCCAACUUGCAUUGUUAUUGCAUCCAGAUAAAAACAAGCAUCCAAAAGCAGAGGGUGCAUUUAAGCUUGUGUCUGAGGCAUAUAGAUUUCUUUCAGACAGAGAUAAACGCAUGCUGUUUGAUGCUCAUAGAUCCAAAAAUACCUGCAAAAUUUGCUUGAAGAAUUCUGGUGACCUCAAUGGCAGUUGUGCAUCCUCGGUUCUUGGGGAGGUUAAGCCAGUACAGAAGCUUUCAGAGUAUUUUAAGUCAUCAAUUGACAAGAAUGAUCAUCAUAAGAAAAACAAGUCUGAUGAUGAGGAGCUCCAAACAUUCCGUGAGAGGGCAAGAGCAAGAGUUGAUGCCAUGGCUUGGGCAUGGAAAGAGAGACGGACUAAACUUAAGGAAGAAUUGAAGGUCAAAGAUGUCAAAUUAAAGUGCAACAGCGCUGAAAAAAUGGAAAACCCAAUCUUUGAGACAUACAAAUAUCAUUCUCCUAGUUACAUCCAGAAAACAGUGCAGUCUGAUAAAGAGGGAAGCAUUGAGAUUCCAAGUGACAAUGAUUUUGAUGAUGGGUCUCCCCAGUUUGCAUAUGCCAGACAUAUCUCUAUAUCUAGGGCGAGCAAAGAUUUCAAGCAAGAAAAACUAGAAAUGACUAAUUAUAGAAAAUCUACGGGCAGCUUUACCUGGAGCUACAAUGAGAAACAGAUCCCUUCGGAAACCACAAAUAAUUGUGCAAUCAUAGAUCUCAAACGAACUCUCAAUAAACAACCAACAUGCGUCAGAGAGCGCAGUGAAACAUCAAAAAACUUGAAGGGGUUGCUGCAAAAGCUGAGAAGCGAUAGUAGAAAUGUUCCACAGUACCAUGGUUUUAAAUUAUGGAGGAGAACAGCAAUUCAUGGUAUUAAAAACUCUUCUGUAGACUACAAAUGUCCUGAAACCCCAUAACCAGAAAACAAAGGAAACCUAGACUGGCAAGAUAAUAUUUUGAAGUUUUUCUUACCUUAGCUGGAGAAAAUGAGUAUAGAGAUAAUCUAAGGAAACAGCUUGCAAAAUAAUCUGAAUUAAACCUACCCAGGAACAUUUACUGUAAACUCGAGAGACAGUAAUCUGAGGAAGAAGAGUUUGUAAAGACUACAGAAUAUUUGAAAGUAGGAUCAAAGAAUCUAGUUCCAAUUUUCAGAAAUGGAAGCAGGCCAAUGUUGGAUAGGAAAGGGAAAUGUUUUCUUGCAUUUGGUUGGGGAGUGAGCAUCUGAAUGGGAGCUUAGGUGAGAUCAGGCUCUUAAGCUACUUGGUGCUGUGUUUUUAUGUUUAAAAACAAUACCAUGAUUACCUUUUUUCAAUCAUAUAAAAUAUGCAGAAGGCACUAAAACAAAGUUAUAAUAUGGGGCCCUGAAUCUGUUAAAUAUAUUAUAAUUUUAAUAAGAACAAUUUCAUGUUGACUGCUAUUAAAUUCAGUUUAAAAUGGGAGCAUGAAAAUUUCCAAAAAAGAUUAAAUGGCAUAAUUGAUUUGACAAACAUUUUGCUAAAUGCAGCACUUCAUACGCACAUUUGUACCGCUUGCCACUGAAUGUGGAGUGUGCUUUCUUAACUUUGGUUGCUAAAUUUUUUGUGGAAUCCAAAUCCACUAAAU